CCGACUCCCUCCGCUGGCCGAGCUUCCCGGGUUGCCAGUGUCCGACCCCCUGGCAUCCCGCCUCGGUCCGGCGACGGCGGCGGCCCCAGCGCGGAGCCAUCGCGCCCGGGCCUCCCCGCGGGCGUGGGAGAGGGAAAGACGCGGACCUUCGAGCCCGGGCUGCCGGGGUCGCGCGGCCACCAGCCCGGUGCUUCCCGGGCUCGGGCUACGUUCACAGCGGGCCUCCCUGAAACACCGCGCGCGGCCGACCCGCCCGUGAUGCCAGCCCUCCCUCCGAGGAUCCUGGGCCCCCGCGCCCGCCAAGUACGCUCUCGGCCUCACGCUCCCAAGGAACUGACCGGACGGGCCUCGCCACCGCAUACUGUUCCUUUAGAAAAGCCGCCACUCCACACCCCACAAUUAGGGAGGAGAAACACAGUCGGUGUCCACCCGGAUAGUUACGAGAAAGCCCGGGUUUUAAGAAAGGAGUGAUAAAAAGGUGACGUGAAGAGAAUUCGCACUCAAGAGGUUGGGGGUUCUUUUCAGACGCUUCCCUUUAAGUACUGUGUGGACGGCAAGGGGGUCGCUCAGCCCUAAAGCCGAACGGGCACGAGAGCUCGUAAAGGCCGCGUAAAGUAGCAAGAGCCGGUGAAGAGAGCCUGUGAGGCGUCCGUGUCCGAGCACACAGCCCGACGCUUAAAGCCUCCGGCCGUUGGAGAGGCCGGCGGGACGGACUUACACUCGGAACCGGGUUUCCGCGAGCUCGGUUUUCCCGCCGGAGUCGGCCCGGCGGCAGCCUCCCGGUCUGCGCAGGCGCAGUUUCUUCUCCUGGGGCAUGGAAGUGGCGGCGCCGCUUCUGUGUCUGGCGGCGGCUGUCCUGGUAUGGGGCGUCCUCUGGGUUUGGGGCUCCUGGCAGCGAGUGACGAGGCCGGAGCAGGCUGGCCUGCCCGGAGGCGGAAGCCGGACACUUCUGGUGACGGCGCACCCCGACGAUGAAGCCAUGUUCUUUGCUCCCACUAUUCUAGGCUUGGCCCGCCUGCGGCACCAGUUGUUCCUGCUCUGCUUCUCCGCAGGAAAUUACUACAAUCAAGGGGAGAUCCGUAAGAAGGAACUCUUGCAGAGCUGUGAUGUUCUGGGGAUUCCCCCCUCCAACGUAAUGAUUAUUGAAAACAGGGAUUUCCCAGAUGACCCAGACGUGCACUGGGACCCAGAGCGGGCAGGUGAUGUCCUCCUCCAGCAUGUAGAGGCCAACGGCAUCAAGCUGGUGGUGACCUUCGAUGAGGGGGGCGUGAGCGGGCACAGCAACCAUGUGGCUCUGAAUGCAGCUGUGAGGACCCUGCACACAGAAGGGAAGUUACCUAAAGGGUGCUCGGUGCUCACGCUCCAGUCUGUGAACCUGCUGCGCAAAUACCUCUGUCUGCUGGACCUACCCUGCUCCCUGCUGCUCGCCCGCGACGCCCUCUUCGUGCUCACCCAACUCGAGGCAGCCCAGGCACAGAGAGCCAUGUCCCGCCACCGCAGCCAGCUGCUCUGGUUCCGCCGCUUCUAUGUGCUGUUCUCCCGCUACAUGAGGAUUAACUCUCUGAACUUUCUCUGAGCCAGAACGGGCUCUCGGAUCCAAGAAACCAAGGGAAAGACAGCCAGGGAGCCCAGGGCCUGUCUGGAGCAGGCUUGUCUCCCCGAGUCAAGGACAUCCCAGCGUCAGCCAGAGUUCCAAGGCCCUCUCCUCCAAACUGCCCGGCCUCUAAUAAAAUGGGGGCUGUGCAGACCCAACAGGCUGCCAGACCUGAGCGUCUUCCUGUGGGCGACAAAACCACAGCCACCAAACACAAACCAAGCCAAGAACAACGACAGCUACCUUGCUAGCUUCUCGAGUUCUUGUGUGGAACAGUUCACACAAUGGCACAGUGUCUGUGAACUCCCUAACAGACCUGCAAUUAUUAUAAAUAAAUGUAAAGGUCUCUGGAA